AUGUCACAAAUAAAAUUAUUAGCAGCUAAGAGAACCCCACCGUAUAGAAUAUUACCCACAAUUAAAAACAAAUUACUUUACCAAACGGUCAUUGCACACUUGUCUAACAGAUCUACUUCAACGUCAAAACAUAAUAAAGCCAAAUUGGCAUGGAUUGGAGACAAUACGUGGAACUUUUUAGUUCGUGAAACUUUACUAAAAAAGUUUCCAAAUGAGACGAUUGCAAAGCUUGCAAAAAUCCAAGAUACAUUAAUAAGCAGAAAGUAUCAUGCUGAACUCGCUAAGGAACAACUAUCUCAACUUGUAGUUAAUCAUUGUAAAGAAAAUUUAAGAGAAAAUAUUAAUGUCUUGGGUGAAAUGUUUGAGUGUUACAUUGGUGCUCUUGAGUGUGAGAUUGGAAAGAAAAAUACGAGAAAGAUUUGUAAAGUGUUGAUAAAUGAAGACAAUCGACACCUAUUUGACAUCUAUUGGAUUUUUGAUGGCUUGUGA